AUGUCACGAGGCACAACUACAAUAGGAAAAAGGACUUCCCCAAAACCAGAAGGAAGUGAAGCUCCAACAGCAGUCCCAAGAGCAGAUAGUCCACUUGAACUUGAUUCAAGGAAGUCAUUUGGAUCUACUGAAGAGUCCGCACAGCACAUCGUUCAACUCGAAGAAACAGUCCAUCUCCUCUCCGAGGAAAACGAUAAGCUCCGGGCCCAAAUCAGUCAAAUGCCAACGACUCCACUGAACAUGAAGAGAGAGUUUGACUACUUUUGUACACAAAUGCCAAUCCGUGGCUGCUCGUUCUUAACUGGACAAAUCGAUGUGAGAACAACAUUCAUUCAAUCUGUCAUCACUGUCUCGUUCCCAACACCUUUUCCAGAAGACCCCGUUGUAUUUAUUUUUCAUCUAUCAGUCACUGGGUCGAGUACUGAGAUCAAACCAACUUCCUCAACUUUAAGUUCAUUCACUGUGGACUUCAAAAAGCAAUCGUCUGUACCCAUCACUGAACUCAGUUGCGUGUUUUGGAUAGCUUAUCUCCCAACAAAAGUGAAACCCAAAUUUAUGGAACUUUCAAACUUCUUGACUGGAACACAAACCCCAUCGCCAAAACAGGCCGAGUCGCAAGUUGUUUCAUACAUUAAAAAACACGGUGUGAGAGAUGAAGACAAAAAUGGAGAUACUCUCUUGCACAUGCUUAUUAUUCUUGGGUACACUAACUUGGUUGAGAUGGUGAUUGCAAAAGGCGCUGAUGUGAACGCACUUAAUAAAUUCAGAUAUUCACCACUUCACACUGCGUUGAGCCAACACGAAAUCAACAACGAUAUUGUCACGUGUUUGUUGAAUAACAAAGCCGAUCGGUAUAUCAAAAACGAGACCAUGAGAACACCACUCCACUAUUUGUGUAGAAACCCUAAACUCGACGAUAAAACUAUUUCUCUCUUGUAUGUGAUGCUUGGCGACUCGAAAGACAAGCCCGAAAAGACUAAGGAAUACAUCAAUGAAAUUUCCAAAUUGGGUGAAACUGCUUUGACAUGUUUGUGUGCGUCUUCACUCAACGAAGAAGCAAUCAAAUUUUUGUGUGAGAAUGGAGCUAACGUGAACCAAAUGACUGAAAGCGGGACAUUCCCAUUGUACUACGCUGUCAAAGCGAAAAACACGAAUGUGAUGCAAACAUUACUGCAGUAUGGGGCUGAUAUUGAUAUGGCAUUUAAAGGGAAACCAGUGAUGAAAAUAGCGGAAGAGAAUGGACAGUUCAAUGUGUUGUUCAAUAUGAUUGAAGACAAAUACUCUUUGAGACUUCUGAGCAACGAAGAGAUCAAUAACAUGAGAAUGAAGUUUGAGAAUGAUGUUCCACAGGAAAUGGAAAGCUGGACUAACAAUACAACACAAUCGAAAACACUGUUGAUUAACACAGCAACGCUCCCAGACUAUCACAUCGAAAACUUUUAUACCUCGUGCACCCACAAACAAGAGAUUUUCAUGAAUAAAAAUUACCAUGACCCGACUCUGCCAAUUACUUUCUUCCAAACCUACAUGUUAAAAGACCCCCAUUCAAGUUAUGGUCUUGAGGUUGUCGAUGUUAACACUAAUACCAGAGAAAAGAUGGUUGUUACAAUUAAGAACGAUCCAGCAGACAGAAAAGUGAUUGUUUGGACGAAGAGAACGAACCGCAGAAUGAUUGCGAGUAAAGUGAAUGAAAAGACGAGUGACGCACAAAUUCUGAAAAAUCUUGGGUGCAAAAACGUCCCGAAACCCUUUGAUAACAAAGUUAUGGACCCGUUGCUGAUCAAGUUUGAAAACUAUUUUAUUGCGACAAAGUACAAAUUUGGAGUAUUGUACGCUGCUGCGGGACAAACGACCGAAGAUGAGUUCUUUAUGAAUAAAAAUGGGAGUUCACACUUUGAACACUUCUUGGAACUAUUGGGGACCAAAAUUAAGUUGCAAGGGUUUACUGGAUUCAGUGGAGGACUUGACACAAAGCAGAACUUAACUGGAGAAUACGCUAUUAUGAACACAUUUAGCAACAAUAGCAUCAAUAUCAUAUAUCAUGUGGCACCUUAUUUGCCAUAUAGCGACUUCGAAAAACAACAAUUGGAUAAGAAGAAACAUAUUGGGAACGAUAUUGUGGUGUUGGUAUUCAAGGAGUAUCACGGGAAGGAUCCAAAACAGGACACGAUCGACUUCUCGACGUUCAAGACUCAAUUCAACCACGUCUUCUUGGUUGUCGGAUUCGAUUUGGAUCAAUCAAAUAUCGAUACACCAAAGUACUCUGUUAAUUUGAUGUGUAAACAUGACAUCAAACCAAUUCCUCCAUUCAUUACAACAGACGAGUACUGCGGAUCUCAGUCUUUCUCCACUUUCUUGACUGCAAAACUGAUCAACUCGGAGGUCGCAGCACAAGAAUCGGCACAAUUCAGGACAAAGAGAGUCAUGAUUAGAAACCAACUCCUUACGGACAUGACCACAAACUCCGACGAGUAA